ACUCCCACAGUACCUCACCCCUCACCCUGCCAACUAGUGAGUGGCUGCGCUCAGGAUCCUCCCCCUCUCUUUUUUUCAUGGAUCAAACGCAGUCUAAUGGAACAUUCUGCUCUGUGCUCAACUAAAACAUUUCUGUACAUGUAAAACCUGAUUACUAUGAACAAUGCUUUUCUGAACAAAUGUGUCUUUGUAACAGGACCAGGUGAUGCCAUAUCAUUGAGUAAGAAUUCUCCCUCUGGUUUUCCAAUUGCCUUUCAUUCCCGUGAUGACUGCGCUUUGAGUCCUGAGCGACUAGAUUUGGACAGGCGUGGUCUGGAGGAGUGUCCCCUGCUGGAGGGCAUGGGUAGGCUGCAGCUGCUCAACUUUCAGCACAACCUCAUCACGCACAUCCACAAUCUGUCUCAUCUGCGGCACCUGGCCUUCCUAGACCUGUAUGACAACCGCAUCUCUGAGAUGUCUGGCAUCUCAGCCCUGGCCUCUCUCAGAGUGCUUAUGCUGGGCAAGAACAGAAUCCAGAGGAUAUGCAGUCUGGAUAACCUGACUAAACUAGAUGUUCUGGACUUGCAUGGCAAUCAGAUCUCCCAGAUAGAGAACCUCUCCCACCUGUCUGAGCUGCGCGUGUUGAACCUGGCAGGGAACUGCAUCUCCAGGGUGGACAACCUGCAGGGCCUGGACUCACUGACCGAGAUCAACCUGAGACGCAACUGCAUCUCCACUGUGACAGAGGUGGACCAGCUGCCCUGCCUCCAGCGCCUCUUUCUCAGCUGCAACAGCAUCACCAGUUUUGAUGAGCUAGCCUGCCUGGGAGAGUCGGGCUCCCUUUCUGAGCUCACCCUGGAUGGGAACCCAGUAGCCCUGGAGACAUGGUACAAGCAGGCCGCCCUGCGCUGUGUGCUUCAACUCAGACAGCUGGACAUGAAACGUGUCACGGAGGAGGAGAGACGUAUGGCCUGCGUUAUGGCCCAAAAGGAGGAUGAGAAGAGGAGGGAGAGUCACAAGCAGGCCAUGCACAAGAGUCCUGCUCAUGUUGCGCCUCAGCAGUUCUACACUCAACUUGGACUCAAGUCUCAGGACUCCGCAGUGACAAGCAAGGAGAAGCGGCGUCUGGCCAUCCGUAAUGCAGCACUGCAGUGGGAGGGGGUCAGGGCCUGCCUGGAGCUCCCGGCUCAGAACGGGGCCAAGGAGGAAGUCAGCCCAGAGGCCAGCCCCGCCCACAGCCCCGCCCAGACCAAUGGCCUUGCACAGGAGCCUUCUCCGGAUGAGCAGCUCAGACGGGUGAGUCCAGUGUCGGCUCCGGACAGGCCAACAGGGGGCAAUGAGAACCGGUUACGCUCCACCAGUCGCCCCAACAGUCCUCGAGACCCCAAGCUCCUGGAGGCAGGGGGUGCCAGCGUGCAGAGCCUCUCCCUGUCAGACAACCACCUGGCGGAGCUGGAUGGGGAAACUCUGCGCCUGUUUGGCCUCGGGGCCCUGGAGGCCCUGGAGAGAGGCUGGGGGGUCCAGACUGCAGGGGCCGUCACUGUCAUAGCCUUCCGCUACAUCCACUUUGAUGCGAUCGUGCCAACACUGCCACGCAUAAGGGUCAAGUUCCCCAACCUAUCUCACCUGAUUUUCCUGGAGACCAACAUCAGCCGUCUUCCCCAGCUGGCUGCGCUGGCCCAGGUGAGACGUCUGGACCAGCUGACCAUCCACCCAGAGGGGAACCCUGUAGUCAGCCUUUCCCUGUGGAGAUCCUUCCUCAUCUACCGCCUGCACCACUUCAACCUGCACAAGAUCAACAGCCUGGAGGUGACCAUGAAUGACGUGAUCUCUGCAGAGCGUCUGUUUGGGACGCUGGGUCAUAUCGCUGCCACCGAGACACCGCGCUGCCGCCUGCUAGUGCUGCUGGAGGAGUCCAGGAAGCGUCAGCUGCAGUUUCUGUUGGAGGGGCGUGGGCGGCGUGCAGGCUUAAGCCCAGAGGAGCUGCGUGACAACGGCAAGCUGCUGGGAGAGGGCCUGAGCAGAGCCCUGUUCAACUACCCCAGUAGAGGCUGCUGCAGUGUGGGAGCAGAGAGCCCCGAGGAGGGUGCUAUGGAGUCAUCAUCGGAGCGCGGAGCCAUGAUGGAGCAGUAUAUACAGGAUCUGGUCCAGAGGGCAUCUGACACCAACCUGAAGGGGGAGUCCCUCCACAAGCUGUGGCCCUCCAUGUUCAUGGAGAUGGUGAGAGACUGUGUGCUGGAGAUGAGGGACCGACCGGCCUUCCGUCAGGCCUGCCUCAACAGGCUCUCCACACAGGGAAAGUGAGAGGGUGAGGGGUAGAGAUCUGGUAAAGCUCCAUAAGAGCUACAGUACAGCAAACUGGAUACUUACUGGACACAGGUACAGCAUACUGGACACAUACUGGACACAGGUACUGCAUACUGGACACAUACUGGAAACAUGUACAGCAUACUGGACACAUACUGGAAACGUACAGCAUACUGGACACAUACUGGACACAGGUACUGCAUACUGGACACCUACUAGACACAGGUACAGCAUACUGGACACCUACUAGACACAGGUACAGCAUACUGGACACCUACUAGACACAGGUACAGCAUACUGGACACCUACUAGACACAGGUACUGCAUACUGGACACCUACUUGACACAGGUACAGCAUACUGGACACCUACUAGACACAGGUACAGCAUACUGGACACCUACUUGACACAGGUACAGCAUACUGGACACCUACUAGACACAGGUACAGCAUACUGGACACCUACUAGACACAGGUACAGCAUAUUGGACCACUUCUUCUACUACAGCAUAUUGGACACUCUCAUGCUGCUCUGUCUCACCACGUUAACCUGUCUUCAUCAUCACGUGGUGUCAGCCAGUCAAGUCUUUGGGAAGUUUUGGGUUUGAUUUUUUUCAUAACUGGAAAAAUGUAUUCUGUUCGAAGAUGGAUGUGGAUUGUUCUUUUAAAGGCUUUUUUUUUUUUUUAUGGGGGGGGGGGGGUUCUCACCAGCCUGCCUCAUAAGCUUGAAUCCACAUUUUUCAUGGAAAAGACAAUAUUGAUGUUUGUUCUAUAGUCUGUUCUUCCUAUUCAACUUGAUUCCAGGAUGCACAGCGCUAUAGAGCUAUAUACUUGAGAAAGUUAUUUUGAGCGUGCAUUGUCAUCCCUAAGGAGGAACACUCUUUGCACUUUAAAGCCUUCAUAAAGACCCUGUUCAUGAUCUCCAGCUGAAGAUUACAAUGAGUGUCUCUCAUUGAGGCUAGAAUGAUUGUGUCAUAAUAACCUCAUCCUCUUCUUGGUGUUACUCUCUGACUCUCUGCCUGGCGUGGUGACAAGGGCACAAAAUACACCUUUUCUUUUAGGACCACACAUUUUCUGUAUUGUACUUAGUAUUAAAAGAUUCCCUAACACUUCACUUUUCCAUGUUUAUUGCUGCUGUAGUGUCUCUGUUGAUCAAGAAACCAUGCUGCAGGAAAUGUAUUCUCCAUCCAUCAAUCAUCAAAUUACUCAAAGCUAAUGUUUUGACUGACUCAGACGAUUUUGCACAAAAACGUAUCAUCAAAAGUUCUUUUUUUUUGUUACAUUUAUCUCUUCUGACCAUUAAACCCUAAGUAUGUUAUUACUAUAUUAUACCACCUCUAGCUCCUCUGAUCUC